AAUCCAGUUAAACCCGGAAGCCAAGCAAGCAGCAACCUCUCAUCAGCAUCCGUCGUCUAUCUCCAGCCAGACAACUUAUCCCCUACUCUCCUCCCACCACAGGAAUCCUUGGCUUCCUCCGCCGAUGCUUCCCUCCUCCUCCUCCACUCCCCUCUGACCGAUGGCUUCCACCCCCUCCCUCUCCGUCUCCGCCGCCGCCGCCGUCUUCCCGUCGGCCGCUGACCCCCGCAGGCCGCCGCCGCCCUCCGUCGCCAUCGUCGACAAGAAUAGUUCAUAUGGCAGGAGCUUGCAGGCGGCUGACAAUGGCGGCGGCGGCGGCAUGGAGGCUCCCCUUCGACCUCUGGAUGUCCAGGAAGCGAUGACCAUGCUGACGGAGGGCAAGGCGGUGCAGUCAGCGAUGUACGUGCCGCUGCUGCACCGGUGCGUCGAGACGGGGAGCCUCGGCGCCGCCAGGGCGGUGCACGGGCACAUGGCGAAGACGGGCGCCAGCGCCGACAUGUUCGUGGCGACGUCGCUGGUGAACGCCUACAUGCGGUGCAGCGCGGCUCGGGACGCCCGCAGGCUGUUCGACGGAAUGCCCGAGAGGAACGUGGUCACGUGGACGGCGCUCGUAACGGGGUACACCCUCAACUCUCAGCCGGCGCUGGGCCUGGAGGUGUUCGUCGAGAUGCUGGAGAUGGGGAGGUACCCGUCGCAUUACACGCUCGGCGCGACGCUGAACGCGUGCCUGGCAUCGUGCGAUGUCGAUUUGGGGAAGCAGGUUCAUGGGUAUGCGAUUAAGUACGGGGCCGAGUCGAUCACGAGCAUGGGGAACUCGCUUUGCAGUCUGUAUGCCAAGUUGGGGAGCUUGGAUUCUGCGUUGAGGGCGUUCUGGAGGAUCCCUGAGAAGAAUGUGAUCACGUGGACGACGAUGAUAUCUGCGUGUGCCGAGGAUGAGGAAUGCGUGGAGCUUGGAAUGAGCUUGUUUAUCGAUAUGCUUAUGGAUGGGGUGAUGCCGAAUGAGUUCACAUUGACAAGUGUCAUGAGCUUGUGUGGUACAAGGCUGGAUCUUAACCUGGGAAAGCAAGUUCAGGCCUUCUCCUUCAAAAUUGGUUGUGAAACAAAUCUUCCAGUGAAGAACUCGACAAUGUACCUCUAUCUGAGAAAGGGUGAAACUGAUGAGGCGAUGCGGUUGUUCGAACAGAUGGAGGAUGCCAGCAUCAUCACAUGGAAUGCAAUGAUCUCAGGCUAUGCCCAGAUCAUGGACUCAGCAAAGGAUGAUCUCCAGGCUCGAUCAAGAGGGUUCCAGGCGCUCACAAUUUUCCGCGACCUCAAGAGGUCUGUGAUGAAGCCGGAUCUUUUCACUUUCUCAAGCAUCCUAUCUGUUUGCAGUGCCAUGAUGGCUUUGGAGCAGGGUGAGCAAAUCCAUGCGCAGACGAUAAAGAGUGGCUUCUUGUCAGAUGUUGUGGUGAACAGCGCACUGGUGAAUAUGUACAAUAAAUGUGGGUGUAUUCAAGAUGCAAACAAAGCCUUUCUUGAGAUGCCAACACGAACUUUUGUCACAUGGACUUCUAUGAUCUCAGGCUACUCGCAGCAUGGCCAACCUCAGGAGGCGAUACAACUCUUCGAGGAAAUGAGAUUAGCUGGGGUGAGGCCAAAUGAAAUCACAUUUGUAAGUUUGCUCUCAGCUUGCAGCUAUGCGGGUUUGGUUGAGGAAGCUGAGCAUUACUUCGACAUGAUGAAGAAAGAGUAUUGUAUUGAACCUGUUGUGGAUCACUAUGGGUGCAUGAUCGACAUGUUUGUGCGGUUGGGGCGGGUAGAGGAUGCAUUUUCCUUUAUCAAAAGGACAGGUUUUGAGCCGAAUGAGGCCAUCUGGUCAAGUUUGGUUGCUGGAUGCCGGAGCCAUGGAAACAUGGAACUUGCCUUCUACGCUGCCGAUAAGCUGCUUGAGCUCAAGCCAAAAGGGAUUGAAACCUAUAUCCUGCUGUUGAACAUGUACAUUUCCACAGAGAGAUGGCAGGAUGUGGCGAGAGUACGAAAGCUGAUGAAACAGGAAGAUGUUGGGAUUCUUAGGGACCGCAGCUGGAUUACGAUAAAAGACAAGGUGUAUUUCUUCAGAGCUAAUGAUAGAACUCAUCCUCAAGCAACUGAGUUGUAUCAACUAUUGGAGAAUCUGUUGGAGAAAGCUAAAGCCAUUGGGUAUGAACCAUAUCAGAAUGCAGAGUUAUCUGAUAGCGAGGAUGAUGAGAAACCUGCCGCUGGAUCACUAAAGCACCACAGUGAGAGGUUAGCUGUCGCGCUAGGGCUGCUGCAAACACCUCCAGGUGCCACGGUUCGCGUCACGAAGAACAUCACCAUGUGCAGGGACUGCCACAGCUCCAUUAAGCUAUUUUCGCUACUUGAAAACAGAGAAAUCAUUGUCCGGGACAGCAAACGGCUUCACAAGUUCAAGGAUGGCCGGUGCUCCUGUGGAGAUUUUGGUGCUCUAUUGUGAGAAGGAUGGAAAUCUUACCCCCCACAUGCUACUCUAGGAACUCAACAGUUUUGUAGUGGAAGCAGGGUUACAAGUUACAGGUUGCACAGAAUUCUUUUGAUGAACUGAUCACCCUUUGUGAUUUUUGUAGAUCUUUGUAUGAAAUCGAAAUUUAUAAACUCAGGCAGUGUCCCCAAAUGAUCUGUACACAAGGUUAGCAUUAUAGGACAGUGAAUACUUGUGAAUCUGCUGUAAAUGCUAAAAUGCUAGCUUCUUAGGAUCAGAUCUAAGAUUUUAUUGUUUAAACUCACAAUGCAAUAUGGCAGUAACCCCCAUUCUUUGAUCUUAUACUAGGAGAUCAGUGUAGCAUACAAAAAUAUAGAUGCUGUAUAAAUGAUAGAGUUGUUUAAUAAAAAGCAUAGUGUUACUCGAAAUAUAUACAUUA